GAAAGUCUGUCACUACUACGCUUUCCUCAAAAUAAGCUAAGUUAGCAUCGGUGAUUAGAGCUAGCAGCUGCAACACUCCGAGCUAGCAUCAAAACAAAGUUUCCACAGUGUGUUUCAAGUGAAUGUAUGGAAACAGAAAAGGGCUAACCAUCAUCCAGCUAACCGCAACAAUACGUGGAUUAAGUUUGUGAUUUUGCGUUGACGUUAUACAAUAGAUACUGCUAGCGCACAACAGCCGCUAGCUAGCUGGUAGCAAACAAUUGGCUGUCACUGUCUUACGUUGGGUCUGCUGAGUCGCGUCAGACACCGUGUGGGUCCCGGUCGUGAACGUCUGGCUGUAGACGUAGUUGUUUUUCUAUCAUUACCGUGUUGAAUACCUCCGUCUAGAAGGUGGAGACAAUGCACCACGUCAAGAUCAAGACUGAACGGCCAGAUGCGGAGGGGGCCGGUGCACGCACCAGAUUGGAUGCUCUGUUGAAUAGGCUGGUUGAGAAGAGCGAAAAUGAAAGGGAUCAAAAUGAGGGGGAGACGGGGAAAACUUCAGCAGACUCUUUAAGCAAGGAUUUGUCUCCAUCGUCUUCUGGAAAAAGACCCUCAGCUCGAUUUCCACAGCACCGGCGGAAGAAGCGAAAAGAGAUGGAGGAGGGCUUACCAGAGAGCAAUCAGCAUAAACAAAAUGCUUACAUUAUAAAGUUGUUUGAUCGCAGUGUGGAUCUGGCUCAGUUCAACACCAGCACCCCACUGUAUCCUAUCUGCCGUGCCUGGAUGAGAAAUAAUCCAUCUGUUCGAGAGCCGGCCGCUUACCCAAGCCCCCCACACAGCAUGGUAGAGGAGGAGGUGUCAGACAUGAUCAAUGGUCAGAUUGUGACCAGACUCCCCCCUCCAACCUCCUGUCCAAUCAGCACCUCCGGUGAACCAGUCAAUCUCAGGAUCCCUCAUACCGAAAAACCCAGUGUUUCCAAGUUAGCAUUGUCAGUUCCUGUACCAGGAUCUCUCAUAUGUGACCACAUGGAGCGUUGGAAGAAGAUAAGACAAAAAUGGAAGGAGUGUUCCAAUAAGAACCAAUUAAGAUACAGCGAGAGCAUUAAGAUCCUGAAGGAGAUGAAGGAGCUCUAUGAUCGCUAAUUGUAGCUGCUAGCUCACCAACUCGGAACAGACUCUUUGCAGUUGAAAAAUGCAUCAGCUGAACCUGGAGCCUUAAAUGAAACAUACGUCCAAUGUAUUGCAAUUUGUUUUUGCAAGAAUCUUAAAGUUUGGAGUGUGAUGUUGUCUGACGUGCUCUCUCAUUAGCAGUAUUUUUCAACAAAAACUUACUUGUGAAUUCUCAUCAUUAACAAGAUUAAUUAAAGUUCAUUUUGGUCUCUUC